AUGACUGAAAAAUCCAAUGGUGUGAAGAGUUCCCCAGCUAAUAAUCACAACCAUCAUGUACCCACUACCAUCAAAGCCAACGGCAAAGAUGAAAGCAGGACCAGAAGCAGGCCACAGUCUGCAGCUGAUGAUGACACCUCCUCAGAACUACAGAGGCUGGCAGAGAUGGAUGCCCCACAGCAGCGAAGGGGUGGCUUCCGCAGGAUCGUCCGCCUGGUGGGGGUCAUCAGACAGUGGGCGAACAGGAACUUCCGAGAGGAGGAGCCCAGGCCUGACUCGUUCCUUGAGCGAUUCCGUGGACCAGAGCUCCAGACUGUGAUGACACAGCAGGGAGAUGGCAAAGGCGACAAGGACGGCGACGGCAAGGGCACCAAGAAAAAAUUUGAACUAUUUGUAUUGGACCCAGCUGGGGACUGGUACUACCGCUGGCUGUUCGUCAUUGCCAUGCCUGUGCUAUACAACUGGUGUCUGCUGGUGGCCAGAGCCUGUUUCAGUGACCUGCAGAGAGGCUACUUCCUGGUGUGGCUGGUGCUGGACUACUUCUCAGAUGUGGUCUACAUUGUGGAUCUUUUCAUCCGAUUGCGCACAGGUUUCUUGGAGCAGGGGCUGCUAGUGAAAGAUCCCAAGAAAUUGCGAGACAACUACAUCCACACCCUACAGUUCAAGCUAGAUGUGGCUUCCAUCAUUCCCACAGACCUUAUCUAUUUUGCUGUGGGAAUCCACAACCCCGAGCUGCGCUUCAAUCGUCUGCUACAUUUUGCCCGCAUGUUUGAGUUCUUUGAUCGCACUGAAACACGCACCAGUUACCCCAACAUCUUCCGCAUCAGCAACCUAGUCCUCUACAUUUUGGUCAUCAUCCACUGGAAUGCCUGCAUCUACUAUGCAAUCUCCAAGUCCAUUGGCUUUGGGGUUGAUACCUGGGUUUACCCCAAUAUCACUGACCCUGAAUAUGGAUACCUAGCUAGGGAGUAUAUCUAUUGCCUUUACUGGUCCACACUGACCCUCACCACCAUUGGGGAGACACCACCCCCUGUAAAAGAUGAGGAGUACUUAUUUGUCAUCUUUGACUUCCUGAUUGGUGUCCUCAUCUUUGCCACCAUCGUGGGAAAUGUGGGCUCCAUGAUUUCCAAUAUGAAUGCCACCAGAGCAGAAUUCCAGGCCAAAAUUGACGCUGUCAAGCACUACAUGCAGUUCCGCAAAGUCAGCAAGGAAAUGGAAGCCAAGGUCAUUAAGUGGUUUGACUACCUGUGGACCAAUAAGAAAACUGUAGAUGAGCGGGAAGUCCUCAAGAAUCUACCAGCCAAGCUCAGGGCUGAGAUAGCUAUCAAUGUUCACCUGUCCACACUCAAGAAAGUACGCAUCUUCCAGGACUGUGAGGCUGGCCUGCUGGUGGAGCUGGUGCUGAAGCUCCGUCCUCAGGUCUUCAGCCCAGGGGAUUACAUUUGCCGCAAGGGGGACAUUGGCAAGGAGAUGUACAUAAUCAAGGAAGGCAAGUUGGCAGUGGUGGCUGAUGAUGGUGUGACUCAGUAUGCCCUGCUCUCGGCUGGGAGUUGCUUUGGCGAGAUCAGCAUCCUUAACAUUAAAGGCAGCAAAAUGGGCAAUCGACGCACAGCCAAUAUUCGGAGUCUGGGCUACUCAGAUCUCUUCUGCUUGUCCAAGGAUGACCUCAUGGAAGCUGUGACUGAGUAUCCUGACGCCAAGAAGGUCUUGGAGGAGAGGGGUCGGGAGAUCUUAAUGAAGGAGGGGCUGCUGGAUGAGAAUGAGGUGGCAGCCAGCAUGGAGGUAGAUGUGCAAGAGAAGCUAAAGCAGCUGGAGACCAACAUGGAGACCUUGUACACUCGCUUUGGACGCCUGCUGGCAGAGUACACGGGGGCCCAGCAGAAACUCAAGCAGCGCAUCACGGUUCUGGAAGUCAAGAUGAAACAGAACACUGAGGAUGAUUAUUUGUCAGAUGGAAUGAAUAGUCCUGAGCCAGCUGCUGCUGAGCAGCCAUAA